CAGGUGCCUGAGGGCAGUGCGGGACCCACAGCUGGCAGGUGUCCUGGCCCCUCAAGUCCAGGGUGGCCCAUCUUCUUCGCAGCUCCAGACCUAAGGCCGAGCUACACCUGUGGCCUCCUAUCUCCGAGAAGUGUCCAAGACCCCGCGCGCCGUUUCCCGCGGUGAAAGAAAGUUGUGCGGCGCGAUCUCUGCGCGGACUCCGCGUGCGGGAAACUUGGACUCUGGCUGGUGGGUCGGCGGGUCCCAAGACCCGCGACACAGGCCACCGGGGCAAUGCGCGUGUCAGGGCGCCCGCUGCUCCUUGUGCUGCUGCUGCUGAGCAUGGUGGGGGACCGGGGACGCGCGCAGCCCCGGGAGCCUGCAGACAGGCAGACGCUGCUGAGGUUGCUAGUUGAGCUGGUCCAGGAGCUGAAGAAAUUCCACACGGGAGACAAGAGGCUACAGCUCCUUGGCGAGUUCGACUUUGCCCUGGGCCGCAGAGAGGCCACGGAUUAUGGGGCAGACCCAGAGGAGCAGAGAGUGGAGAUUGUUCCUCGAGAUCUAAGGAUGAAGGACAAGUUUCUGAAACAUCUCACAGGUCCUCUUUAUUUCAGUCCGAAGUGCAGCAAGCACUUUCACAGACUUUACCACAACACGCGAGACUGCACCAUCCCUGCAUACUAUAAAAGAUGUGCCAGGCUACUUACGCGGCUGGCUGUCAGUCCCAUGUGCAUGGAGAGAUAAGCUGCAAAGGAGCAACACCAGGAACCUUGAAAAGUGCCUUGGAAACCAACAAGAGAACAGAA